AGCAUUGUGAAUGACCUCUGCGGAUCAUAUCCUGGUCUGAUGGUAAGGAAACCUAAACUGAUGAGUUUCCGUUUGCAUGCGUGACGUGUGAGCGUCCGCACGGCUACAUUGACGUCGUACAUUGUAUUAGGGAUGUCCUGACCAACCCGAAAUUCGAACCACCGAGAAGCAAGUUCAUUUUUUAAGGUCGCGUCCCAGUAAUCAGGACGCAACGCCAUUUUUCUUUUUUAUUCACCUCUCUAACCCCGUCUACAACAGCUGGAAGCCCGCUUUUUCGAACGGCGGCAUCUGCCAUCAUGAACUGAUGGCCCACAGUUUAUGUUCGCAACCGCACAGUACAACAAAAGACGACUACAGUGCAGAACGAAACACGCACUCGCGUACAAUAGCUCGGCGGGUUUUUGAUAUUUGUACAGGCUUGGGACGUACCAGCACGUUGACAACACACCCUGGCUGCAUGCACGGAGUAUUACUGAGAGGCCGUACGUACACACGAAGCAACGUUGACAACUUACACCGAACCCGAAAUUCAUGAUAGGAGUGGAAUACCAUUCUCCCCAUCCCACGUAGACUCUACUGGGUCAGCCAAAUCAUGAUUGUGGGGAAAAGAAGGACUUUCCUGUAUUUUGUGUCCUGCUUUUUGAUCUUGAUGGUCAUAGUCACACUGCGAGGAGGGAAUCAUCAUGGUGGACCGCGGACUUCACCGCGUAGUCGGACUCGAGAUGCCAAACGCUCGGCUGAUGCCCAUGCCAAAAAUGCUCCUAAUCCGUACAAAUACAAAGUGUUUGAUAACUACAACGAAGCUAAUGAAGAAUACGACGCGUAUAAGGACCAAGGACCGAAUGGGGACAGUACAGAUCCCUUGGACAUUCGGACAUUCUCGAGUACCGACGACCAGCUAUUGUAUUUAUAUAACAAGGUAUUAUCAGCGCCAUGGAUGCCAAAUCGCAAGAAUUUAGCCUCAUUCAGAGAUGUGUUUUAUAGGCAAACAAGAAAUAUGACCGCACAAGAUGAGGUGAUUUUAAACCAUCAAAACGUCAAGCUUGGCGAUAGUCUGCCGUACGCAUUCACCAACACUUUGGGUGCAAAGGAUGGAGUCAAGUAUUACUUCAACAUUACGCAGGAAAUUCUCGACGAAAUUCCAGUGGCCUCUCCUUUCCAUGGGAAGACGUUCAAGCGGUGUAGCGUCGUUGGAAACAGUGGAAUUCUCUGGAACAGCAAAUGCGGGAAAGACAUCGACAAGGCAGACUUUGUGUUCAGAUCCAACGUGCCACCUCUUCGUCCUUUUGUUGUGGACGCCGGACGGAAAUCCAACCUAUCCACCAUGAACCCAAGCAUCAUCAAUAACAGAUUUCGACGCCUUAAAGACAUUGCAGACCACGAGAAAUUCGCAAAGGAAAUUGGCGAGUAUAACGGCAUGCUGUGGCUUCCGUGCAUUGGAUCGGUCAAGAUGGUGGAGGUUUGUCUCCAGGCAAAACGGUCACUUGAUUUCCACGGGGGAGGUAACCCUAGGACAGCUAUCGCCAACCCGUAUCAUUAUAUCGCCGUCCAGUACUUUUGGAGUCACAGGAAUUUGACGCAGUUUAUGUCCACAGGUUUUUACGUGACCCACUUGUCGUUAGCCAUGUGUGACGAGACGCACUUGUACGGCUUUUGGCCUUUCGGAACUACGGUAGAAGACAGCCCUACAGACCCUGACAACAACACGGUGUCAUUCAGGCAAAGGAAAGUCCGAUACCACUACUUUGACAAUCUACCAGGACCAAACGGCGCUCACUCAAUGCAGGACGAGUUUGGAGUGCUGGUACAGAUGCACAAACUAGGAAUGCUGAAAAUGCACGCCAGUAGUUGUCAAGAAUGAAACUCUUCCACCCUUCUACCUCCCGUUCCCCCUUUUUAAAAAUUAAAUAUCUCCCUCUUAUGGAACAACACCACAUCGAUUUCCAAAGCUUCCAACUGCAAGCUGGCGUAGCUUGGCUAAAACGCCCUCUGUCGUUGAAAACCCAGGCUGGUAGUAGUCAUGACUGCAGUGCGCAUGAUUGAACAAAUGACGGGGUUCGUCUUUCGAGCUUGCCUAAUCCUGGGGCCAGAUUUCAAUGCUCAUUGAACAGAGACAUUAUGUUUCAUCAGCAAAGAUGAACUGCUGAAUGUGUGCAGGGUACAUGGAUAACUUCCAAUGUUUUGUGAAUAUUUUUAUUAUAUGAAGCACAUAUCGCUUACCUACAAUUUCAGGUGUUCUAUGCUCACAAGGCCAUAAAGUCAAGAUGGACAAACACUGAAUAAUUAUUAGCCGAAAAAAGAGAGCUUUUCUAUAUGACGACUAGGACCAGCGUUUUAUUUCCGCGGGUACUCUGUCCGAUGGAAAGAAUAAUGUCCCGUCGAUAUUUAUUAUCAUAAUUGCCAUUCCUGAUUCUUAUUACCUGUACAUAAAGUUUUGGGUCUGAGCCAUCCGUGUAUUUUUUUAGCGACAUUAUUGCCAUAGCCUUCUCUUUGAUGCGGUCAUGUACAUGUACUCGGUGUGUGAGCCUGUUUUGCACCAAUGCAAUGCCUGAAGGUGCAACACUGGGAAGUGCUUUGGUAACGGCAGACAAUCAGCCUAAACCGAAGCCGAUGUUUCAGUUUGUCUUCUUCCACGUUGUUGCCACUCCUAAACUUCUGAUGUGUUUUAAUAAUUGCCAAUGCUUGAUUGAUAUUUAUUAUUACCAUUAAAUUUAAAUAAGUUUUUGUUUAUGUGUCUAGGUAAAAUUAUAAAGCUGCAGCACUGCAUUACGUGAAAACAUUUCUUAGAAUGCUGACGAAAAAGAAUGUUCGAUGGUGCAGCGCUAAGUGCUUUUAAAUGGUUCAUGUUGUAUAAAGACAUUAAGGCCUAUCAAUAGCAUUCUACAUUGUGAAUGUGUUCCUCGGACACGAUCAAUGCUUAUUUGUUUGAUGUAAAACAAACGGAGAAGGGCCUACAAUAUAUGUUGGUCAAAUCAAAAUUGUUUGAUUUGAUUGUGUCCCUUGUGUUCUGGAAUACUGGGUGAGUAAACAAAAAAGAAAUCCAAAUAGAAGGACCAAUUUUUAACAUAAAUUUUGCCCGUAGCACUUUCGAAAUCUAGGAUAUGAAAUCCAAGUUAUAAGCUUUCUUUUAGAACAAGAAUCAUUCGAAUCACUUUUGUACUUUUCCAGUUAACGGAAUUUUUAACACAGACAUCGUUUUAAAAUUCUGUCCACGGAUCUCGAAAAGUGCCGUUUGUGUUUCGUUUUUUUUUUUACUCACCCAGUAUAUUAUAACACAUGUGUAGCGUUGUUUUAAUCCGAGAUCGGUGCACUCACGAAAUAAAACCAAUACUAAAGAGGUUUGACUAAAGAGGUUUGACUAAAGAGGUAUUUAAGUUAACUUUAUAGUCGAACUUCGCGUUCCUGGAACGUUCUUCUAUUGAUGAGGUUGCCAUAUAGCCAGAAAUUAGAACGAAAUCAAAUUACAUGUCAUAAUAUAAGCCACUGGCGACGAGUAUCAUGGCUACGAUUUUGAUGUGUUAUACAGAGGUACUAGUGUACAUAUUGCCUUUAUUGCAUUUGCCUUAUGAAUAGUACGGUAUACAAGAAAAUAUUAUAAUACUUUGUUUACUCUGCAUAAUAAUGGCGCUAAGCAGUAUCUAACAACAAUCAGUAUUUUGCAUUGUUACAGUACAUGUAUUUAUAUUUUGUAUUGUUGAAACAGGGGAUAUGACCUACGUUCACCCCAGGGAAAAUGAUCAAUGAAAAACCCUUUUCAGAAACAGUACUUGUAACACGUUGAGUUGUGCUAUUGACAUACUUUGGAGAUAUUCUCUCGGGGGCUUUGAAACUCUCUGCGAUUAUAUUUUUUUUAAUACUUCUGUAAUGAUUGGCUAUGCGUUAGGUAGGGCAGGCAGAUAUGAGGCUUUUGAUACUAACAUUCUACAGAUGAAGCCUGUUAGUCGUAUUUAUAGCUAAAUCCAGAGGCUGUGGUAUUUUUUCUUUAAAGCACUUACGAACGAAUUCUUAAAAAAACCGCACAUAUGUUGCAUGAAACCACGCGUAAGUUAGAACACUUUGUUCUCUGGACAUAUGCACGUGCACCAGCGUAAUUGUUUAUAACUUGGAAAACAUUAUUAAACUUUGCAAAAUGGGUUGCCAGCCUUUUGGCUAUCGUGAUGAAUAUGGUUCGCCAGUGGGACGGGUACCAGUAGGACUGGCACGUGAACUUCACAUUGUUAAGCAAUGCCGUGUAUAUGGACAAACUUUAUAAUGCUAUCCAUUGAAUGAGUGUUAUCGUAAUGUGUACAGUUGUUGGUGCAAUAUUUUUUUUCUCUUUAAUAUUUCCAAGGCGAAGGCAACAGCUAGACAAAAUGACCACUAUUUAAGAAGUAAAUACAUGUAUUUUGAGAAGAGGUGAAGUAAUUUACAUGUACAUGUAUACUCCUUUUUCUUUUAAAAGAUGCAAAUAGUGGAUCGGAAUAUUGGCAGGAAGGGAAGAAACCGCGUAGGUUUCUUCCUUUUACGGAGGAAAUUUAGAAUGACACCAUCAACUCCGUCCAUUCCUAUAAUUUUCCGUUCGAGAUUGUAAGUCACAAAUUGAAAAACACCAAGUGUCUUCCCGCGAAAGAUGCUAAAAAUAUAGCUGCUAUGGAUUGUUGAUUGUAUAUAAUGGUUCUGCUCUUGUAACAAAAGUUUUCAUGCCAUAUGUGUUUAUAAAUGGAACGUCUUAAUGUUUAUGUGUAUUUUUUUCUCCAAACUGUUAAAUGUAAGAUACUCUGUAAACUAUUGUUAAAAGACUUUUUUGCGACAGUAUUUGUUUAGUUGCAUUUAGGGUUUCCCUGUCUUAUUAUGAUCAACGUUAUGUUUUUAUAAACUAUAACUUUCUCUUGAGGUUAUUAUUAUUUGGGUACAAUUAUUUGUUUGUAUUAAAGUACUUAUAUGGUAACAAA